UUCCCUCCCUCCCCGUAUAUAGGGUUUCAACAAUUCCUUCUUUGAGUUGAGAAGAAGAGAAGAGAAUAGAGAUGGACGCCUUGGAUUCCGUCGUGGAUCCGUUGAGAGAUUUCGCAAAGGACAGUAUCCGACUCGUUAAGAGGUGUCACAAGCCCGAUCGCAAAGAAUUCUCCAAGGUUGCCGUUCGUACUGCGAUCGGGUUCGUCGUUAUGGGUUUUGUUGGGUUUUUUGUUAAGCUCAUCUUUAUUCCCAUCAACAACAUCAUUGUCGGCUCUGGUUAGGUAAUUAUUAUUAUUAU